AUGAUACGGGACAAAGUGCCUCACGGCACAUCACGUCCCGGGAAGGAGGUGCAGCUGGUGUGGCAGGAAAGCCCGUUUCAGAACAAACGCUUCGAUACUUGCAGUGUGGUGGGAAACGGUGGAAUACUGAAGGGAAGCGGCUGUGGAAAAAAGAUAGACGCCUCUGAGUUUGUGUUCAGGUUCAACAUGGCUCCAAUGGGCGAUAAAUAUUCCAGGGACAUUGGAAAUAAAACCAGCCUGAUCACCAUUAACCCCUCUAUGAUAGGCUACAGGUACGGCAAAAGAAAAGGAAUAGACGUUAAAUCCUUCACGCAUGACCUAUCAGUGUACGGAGACAGCUACCUCUGGAUCUGGGCCUUUCUGUCCAAACGUCACGCUAGCGGCGCCUUCAAAGUGCAGGAAGCUCUACGGGCAACCGGCGCCCGUAACCAGGUUAUCUUCCCGUAUCCACUCGUGACAGGAGCACUUAUAUCAUUUUGGAAAAAGCAUAUAUCCGCUCAAAGGCCAUCCACAGGACUGUUGCUGGUGAGUUUGGCCACACAGAUGUGUGAGGAGGUGCGCCUGUACGGCUUCUGGCCCUUCCACGCCGACAGGAACAAUCAACGUCUGAACGAGCACUACUAUGACAAUGCCCUUCCCACAAAAGUUCACAAAAUACCGAGUGAGUUCAGACAACUACAGUUACUACACAACACUGGAGUUGUUCGUCUAACAACCCACCCAUGUCAAUAAGUGGACAUUGUCAAUAAUUUAAUACAUACUAGUACUAGCAGUAGACAGUUGAACUUUGUUCUAAAUUACUUAUGGCAUUUUGGCCAACUAGUCUCUACUGUUAUAUUUUUAAUGACGAUUUACCACAUUUGUGGAAGGAUUGACAUAACAGGUGAGUAUCACCUCAUCAAAGAUGUUAACCCCGAGAC